CGUUGCACCCGGGCGGAGGCCGAGCUGGCAUGCACUCUCCCCCUCCCCGUCCGGCUGACUUGGACGGGGACACUUUUGAGAGCCAGCCGGCCCGGCGCGUGCGGCUCGGUGGUUCCCGGGUGCUCGAGUGCCCGAGCAUACAAAUCACGACCAUUUCCCCAGGCCGAUGCACCGAGGAAGAUGACUGGGACUCCUCGCCGCGGGACUACCUCCUCCUAGAGGCUUUUGGGGGUUAUCGCGAGGCACCACCAGCAUCUGGCUUCUUCACUCCCAGCCCCGCCAGCAGCGGUAGCGUCUCCCCAUGGAGCUUCUUCUCGGACGACGAGGCACCCGCCGGGGACGACGUGGAACAUGAACUGAACGAGGCCGCGGCGCGGUUUGCCCUCACGUCCCCCUUGGGCUCCCCGCGGGGUUCCCCCAAGCCCUGGUCGUCCACCGAUGAGUCAUGGCCAGUCUACGGCUCCAGCUAUUCCCCGAGCCGGGGGACCGAGGAUGGGUGGAUGCUUCUGGGCCCACGGCCAGCUUCUCCCUGCGGCAAGCGGCGCUACUCCAGCUCCGAAACGCACUCUUCGGCAUCCCCAUGUCUGUCUCGGCGGGGCAGCCUUGGUGAGGAGAUCUCUGGGGAAUCCGUGGAGGCGGGUGCUGACGUGGCCCCCUAUAACUGUGCCGGAACCCGACCGGUAGAGAGCAUUCCCCAAAAAGCCCGCAAGACGUCGACGGAGCAGACGGUGGCCCUGACCCGGAAAGAGGAAGGGAGCUGCAAUGGAGAGGAUGGCGGCAGCGCCCCAGUGGGCUUUGGACUUGGUGUGGCUCGUAAAGAAGGGAUGGAUUACCUGGCGGUACCGUCUCCGCUAGCCUGGUCGAAGGCCCGUAUUGGAGGCCACAGUCCCGUGUUCAGGUCUUCUGCUCUUCCGCCACUGGACUGGCCCCUUCCCAGUCAGUAUGAGCAGUACGAACUGAAGAUUGAAGUGCAGCCUCGAACGCACCACCGGGCCCAUUACGAGACCGAGGGCAGCAGGGGUGCCGUGAAAGCUGCUCCGGGAGGACAUCCCGUUGUGAAGCUCUCAGGCUACGACGAGAAGCCUCUGACUCUGCAGAUGUUCAUCGGCACAGCGGAUGAGCGGAAUCUGCGGCCCCAUGCCUUCUACCAGGUGCACCGCAUCACUGGUAAAAUGGUCGCCACCACCAGCUACGAAUCCAUCAUCAGUGGCACCAAGGUCCUAGAAAUGUCCCUGUUACCUGAGAACAACAUGGCUGCCAACAUCGACUGUGCGGGGAUCCUGAAGCUGCGGAAUUCAGAUAUUGAGCUCCGCAAGGGGGAGACGGACAUCGGCCGCAAGAACACGCGAGUCCGCUUGGUCUUCCGAGUCCACGUGCCCCAAGGCAACGGCAAAGUGGUCUCCAUCCAGACGGCCUCGGUUCCUAUCGAAUGCUCCCAGCGUUCUGCUCAAGAGCUCCCCCAGGUGGAAAGCUACAGCCUCAGCGCAUGCUCUGUGCACGGGGGCGAGGAGAUGACUGUUACCGGUGCCAACUUCCUGCCCGAGUCCAAGGUUGUCUUCAUUGAACGAGGCCCCGAUGGAAAGCUCUUAUGGGAAGAGGAGGCGAGCAUUAAUCGGUUAAAAAGCACAGAGACCUCCCUGACCCUCACUGUCCCCGAAUACAAUAACAAGCGAGCGUCGCGGCCCGUUCAGACGUACUUCUACGUUUCCAACGGGCGACGGAAAAGGAGUCCUGCUCAGGCCUUCAAAUACUUACCUGUGAUCUUCAAGGAAGAACCCCUUCCAGAUUCGCCACUCCGUACAUUCCCACCUGCCUCUCAAAGCACUCCUUUCCCUUCACAAUCUUUGCAGAGCUCUAUGGAUUUCUCUCCUUCCAGACCUCCCUUCCCUUAUGGCCCGGAGCGCUCCCCGCCCUGUUCCCCCUACAGUCCAGAUUGGGGCCCGUGUUCCUUUCCCACCCCUCCCCGUUACACCCCUUCCUUCCGCUUCCCAUCCGGCGAGGCCUACCGAGGCAGUAACCUCUCCGUGCCGCUCCUCUCUCCGGGCGACCUGCCCCACUUCCGUCCUUUGGAUUGCCGCCCUCCCCACUUCCAGUCCCUCAGCCCUCAACUUGGUCCUCAGCCACCAGGGCACAGAGAAACCCACGGCGAUGACAGGAGUCCUGAGUGGACAGAUCUGGAACUGGGGCCCGAGGAACCGAACGCCAAAGAGCUGGAGAAGUCGGGGUUUGGUGGUGGCUUCCGGGCCAACCUGCCUGUCCAUGGGAUCACGCUGGAGGAAGUGACCGAGAUCAUCGGCAGGGACCUGAGUGACUUCCCCGAGCCAUCCUGCGAAGGAGGGUGCAGCUGA